CAAUUUAAAGCAGGAAGGUGUGUGAAGCAGUUUAAAUGGACUGAGGGCAGAACGAACGAGAGAGAGAGAAAGGAAGGAAGGAGAGAAAGUGCAAAACAGCUUUGAAGAGGACAACAACCACCGAAGGAGAAAUGUGAUAAAGGAAGACUAAUGUUUUUCUUUAGAACAAAAACAAAAGGGUCUUAUUUGGAUGUGAAGAGCCCUUCAUGUUCUGAAAAUUAAUCGACACACGGGGUAGACAAAUUAAUUUUCCUUCUUGUCCUGGGACAUUGUGAACCAUGGACUUUACACAUCGGCAGAACUCACUCCACCAUGCUCUCUGCUAGUCUUCUGCAGAUGGUGGUCCUGUGUGCCUGGGUGCUGUUAGCCGGAGAAGCCGGCUUGUUCUCUGAAGGAGGGAGGACAGUGCCAUCGGAUGCAAGCCGGAAGGAAGGUACGGCGCUAUCUUCGCCUGAUCCUGAGCUGGUCCAUACUCUCCACAGGACUCUGCUGAGCAGACUGGGACUGAGCCGUCUCCCCAGGCCCAAUCCUGCCACCAUCAUCCCUCAGUACAUGCGUGAUUUGUACUACUUUCAUACUGGGGAUUACGACAGCAUCCAGGAUUCCAGCUUCACCCACUUGGGGAGACACGCAAGAGACGCCAACACAGUGCGAAGCUUCCAUCACUUGGGUUAUCUCCAGGAGGUCCCCUAUCCCGAGGGAAGAAGUUUCCACCAGAUCGUCUUCAACUUGACCACCAUCCCCGACCGAGAGCACAUCACUUCGGCCGAGCUCCGCUUAUUCCGAGAGGCUGAGGUCGGGGCCGGCCCCGGCCUGGAAGCAGUGGCCGUUUACGAGCUCUUGGAGCCCCCAGGUGGAGGAGGGACGGGGCGCAGGUUACUGGAGAGGCGCCUGCUGCCUGGUAACCGGAGCCAGUGGGAGAGCUUCGAGGUGGGCCCGGCGGUGAUGAACUCCAGAGCGGGGCGGCACCAGCAGCGGCGGGAUCUGGUGGCUUUCCUGGUCGAGCUGAGGCCGGGCCCAAUGCCCCGAGGGCGGCUGAGGGUUGGCAGGUCGCCACGGGAGUCCGAGGAACGUGCCGGGGAGCCCCGGCAGCCACUCCUGGUCACCUAUGGCCGGGAUGGCAGUGGCGGGAGGGCCCUGGGCUCUAGGCCCAGGCGGCACAGCCUGAAGAAAGGGGCACGUGCCAGAGUCCGGCAGCGGAAUCGGUGCCGCCGGAGGCCACUCUAUGUGGACUUUGAGAGGGUGGGCUGGACCGAGUGGAUCAUCGCUCCCCGAGGCUACGACGCCUUCUACUGCCAGGGUGAGUGCCGGUUCCCGCUUGCCGACCACAUGAACUCCUCCAGCCACGCCAUCGUGCAGACCCUGGUCAACUCGGUGAACACCGAGAUCCCCAAGGCCUGCUGUGUGCCCACCGAGCUCAGCCCCGUUGCCAUGCUCUACCUGGACGAUGAUGAGAAAGUGGUCCUCAAGAAUUACCAGGAGAUGGCCGUUGAAGGAUGUGGAUGCCGCUGAGACAACACCCCCUCCCCCCCAGCCCACACAAGGUUAUUGAGUCAUUGGGAAUGGUCUUCAUUGAGUAACUGGGGGGUGGUCUUAAUUGAGUCAUUGAGGAUCUUCAUUAAGUCUUGGGAAGUCUUCACUGGGUCAUUGGGUGAUCUUCGUUGAGUCAUUGGGGAUCUUCAUUAUGUCAUGGGGAUGGGGAUUAUCAUUAAAUCCUAGGGAAAUCUUCAUUGAU